CCUUGCCAGUUUCACAAUCCUUUCCCUUUUUCGUCUUUUUUUCUUCAUAUCUUUUAAGGAUAUUUCAUAGCAGCAAUGGCACAGCAGCAACCGGGCCGUAGCCACUCGCAGGCAGGUGGUGGACAGGUGCGUGGCCCAACGCUACCGCCUAUAAGAAACUUGGUUUCAAACAUCCCGCCCACCUACAGGGCUCAGCGCGGGCUACCGCCCAUGAUUCCCAGGGAGCCAGGCAACAGUCGACCUCACAAUGAGCCAGAAACUCAGCCAGCGUACAACUUCGUCCUACAGCCACCACCACCACCCCCACCACCACAGCCAGGCAUACCUGGGGCUGUGCACCCGCACCACCCGCACCACCUUCCGCCAUUUAAUGGCCACUCGCCACUCGGGGCAAUUCGCCAUCACCAGGAGGCACCCUUGGUGCACCAUCGACAUCACCCUUACAGCCCAGCGAUGAUGGUGGGUUUCGAUUUUGCACAUGGCCAGCCCCCACGCACUCCCGGACCCUGGCCAGCACCGGCCUACAUAUCUGGCCCUCCGGUGAUGGGGCCGCCAAUACCUGGGUAUCCCGCAUGGCCUGCCGCCGCCGCCGCCGGUAGAUUAUGCGGCUUAUCAUCAGCAUGAUUUUGUCUUCGGACGGCGGAAUCGGCGCACGCAGGCGUGCAAGUACUGCAACAAGAAAAAGGUGCGGUGCGAGGGCGGCAAUGGCGACAAGGGAGCGCCCUGUGAUAUGUGCGUGCGGCUGGACAUUCGGUGUGAGUGGGGAGAGAGGAGGAAGCGCGGGCCCAAGCCGAGGAACAGACGACAAGCCAGCACACCGUCCCCGUGCCGUUUAUCCAUCCAGCCAA